AUGUCUUUAGCACAAGCUACAAAGGGCGAUAUGCCCUACCAAGUGCGCUCACUUUAUCGCUCACUGCUGCGGCAAAGCAGCCAAUUUGCCGCUUACAACUUCCGCGAGUACGCCAAACGAAGAACACGCGACGCCUUCCGGGAACAUCAGAAAGAGUCAGAGGAGAGGAGCAUACAAGAGCUGAUGCAGAAGGGGCUGAAGGAGUUGCAGAUGCUGAAGAGGCAAACAGUCAUUAGUCAGUUCUACCAGAUCGAUCGCUUAGUUGUCGAAGGCGGCAAGGAGGGCAGGCAGACAGGCAACAGGAACGAUAUUGUCAGGCAGAAAGACCAAGGGUGGGAUUAA